CAAAGCCCACCCAUUCCGAGCCCGAAGCCUAAAGUGGCUUCCUUUAUGUGCUUCACUUGCUCGACCUAAUUCGAACCAGGGUUUUAUCAAAGGUUUUAGAAGAGGCCGCAGUAGUUCAAAGAUUUAAGAGAUGGCUGUAUCUAAGAAAGAAUCGAUGCUGGUUAACGAGGAGGAACUGGAAGACGAUAGUGAUAUGGGGGACGAUGUGUCUGAGUCAGAAUUGGAACAAGAAUCGGAAGAGGAAUCUGAGGAGGAAGGAGAUGUGAGAUUGGCUGAACCUGCCCAGAAUGCUACAUACAACAGAGAUGGUCUGUUAGAGAAGCUUGGAGAUAUGAGCUGGCCCGAGAAUGCUAAAUGGGUGGACAGGCUGACGUUGGAUAUUGAGCAAGAGCAACCGGUGGAUGUGAAUGAUGACCUGACAAGGGAGCUUGCGUUUUAUACACAGGCUCUAAAUGGAACGAGGAUGGCCUUUGAGAAGCUUCUGUCGAUGGGGCUUCCAUUUCUGAGACCCGAGGACUACUAUGCAGAAAUGGUGAAGUCGGAUUCCCACAUGGAGAAAGUGAAGAGCCGGCUUUUGGUGGAGAAGAAGAACAUGGAGGAAGCUGAUGAGAGAAGGAAGGCCAGAGAGGCCAAGAAAUUGUCUAAAGAGAUUCAGAACCAGAAGUUGAAGGAGAGAGCUAAGCAGAAAAAGGAGUCUAUUGAGUCUGUGAAGAAGUGGAGGAAGCAGAGGCAGCAAAGUGGGUUUGCUGGGGGUGACAAAGGAAGCGAGUUGGAUUUGGCCUUUGAAGAUGGGAAACCAUUUGAGAAGUCAAGUAAUAAGAGGCCUGGUGUAGCUCCCGGAGAUCGGUCUGGAGGGAAGGCAAAAUAUGCUGGAAAGGGGAAAAAGCCAAAGAAGAGAGAAAUCAAGGAUUCCAAGUUUGGAUUUGGUGGGAGGAAAGGUUCCAGGAAGCAAAAUGUCGCUGAAACCACCAACGAUUUGAGAGGGUUCAAUAAAGAAGAUGGUUUCUCAAAAAAUAAGAAAAGGAAGAUGUGAUUUUUAACUCUCUAUGAUUUUGUGGUUUUGUUUCUCUUUAUGGUAAGGGCUUGCCUGUGUAGCCUAUUAAUUUUUAGUGUUGAUUCUAAUACAAGUGAACUUUUGAGGUCUGCGGUGCGUUGUAAUACAUUAUUGUUCUCGAGUAGUAUGGAGUAAUAUUAU